AUUCAGUGUCCAAUUCAUGGCAGAAUCCAAGGAGGAGUCUCCACUCUCAACGCUCUUUUAACUCUCAAUCUCUCUCUCUCUUCAUGGAACAGCAAAUCAACACAGAUACUGUAACCCAAGACUACCUCUCUUCAUCUUCCUCCGCCGCCGCUGUUGCCUCGUUUUCGUGGGCUUGCGAUGGCUCAGGCUCAGGCUCAGGCUCAAGCUCAAGCUUCUCAAGUGUUGAAGAGGAGCAGAAAAGAGGCGAUCAAAGUAAAAAGAGGGUCGAGAUUUAUAAUGGCGGCGAUGCCAAGCACCCAACUUACCACGGAGUUAGGAGGCGAAGCUGGGGCAAAUGGGUGUCUGAGAUUCGUGAGCCGAGGAAGAAAUCCAGAAUAUGGCUGGGGACCUACUCCACGGCUGAGAUGGCGGCUCGAGCCCACGACGUGGCGGCGCUUGCCAUCAAGGGCAAGUCGGUACAGCUCAAUUUCCCUCACCUGGCUCAUGAACUCCCCCGCCCCACCACCACCUCUGCCAAGGACAUCCAGGCGGCCGCCAAGGCCGCUGCCAUAGCCAUUUUCCCCGGUGAAGCCGAGCCCAACACACAAGAAUCAUCAGCUUCUCCAUCAACAGAUGAUGAUGAUACGUUUUUUGACCUGCCGGAUCUCUCCUUAGACAUCAUGGAUAGAAACUUUGGCUUUUGCUACCAUGCCUCGCCAUGGCAGCUGGCUGGAGCCGACAACGGUUUCCGGCUCGAGGAGCCACUCCCAUGGCUGUACCAUUACUAGCAAUAAAACUGUAAAGCUUGAUGAAACACAAUUUCACCCAUAA